UCCUCGGUGUGUCUGUGACCUCGCAGAGCACAGGAAGAAGAAGCGGCGCUCGCUCACGCUGUCUGGUGGUGGUACUGUACUGGCUGCUAAUUUGCUCGGUUGUAGAUCAUGGCUGCUUCUAAGCCAGUCGAGCCACAGUCCGGGACUGGACUACCCCGCUGGCAGCUGGCACUUUUAGUCGGGACACCUAUAGUGCUGGGAGUGGGGGCGGUUUACCUCUGGAAUCGCAGCAGGACGAACGAAAGAAAAGGGACCGGGGAGCGGAAAACUCCAGAAGGUAGCGCCAGCCCCGUGCAGGGCCAAGACGGCGCAGCUCCAGCCAGCCGAGAGCAGGAGAACAUGAGCCCGUUGGAUCGGGCCCAAGCAGCAAAGAACAAGGGCAACAAGUACUUCAAGGCUGGCAAGUAUGAGAACGCCAUCCAGUGCUACACAGAGGCCAUUGCUCUCUGCCCCACAGAGAAAAAGACGGAUUUGUCAACAUUUUACCAGAACAGAGCAGCAGCCUAUGAACAACAGAUGAAAUGGACAGAAGUGGUCCAGGACUGCUCGCAGGCUGUGGGAAUGAAUCCACGUUAUAUCAAGGCUCUGUUCAGGAGGGCCAAAGCUCUGGAAAAACUAGACAACAAGAAGGAGUGCCUAGAAGACGUCACAGCAGUGUGUAUUCUUGAGGCCUUCCAGAACCAACAGAGCAUGCUGCUAGCAGACAAGGUUCUGAAACAGUUGGGAAAAGAGAAGGCCAAAGAUAAAUACAAGAACCGUGAACCGAUGAUGCCCUCUCCUCAGUUCAUCAAAUCCUACUUUAGCUCGUUCACUGAUGACAUCAUCUCACAGGCCCUGCAGAAGGGGGAGAAGAAAGAUGAAGACAAGGACAAGGAGGGCGAGGCAGCCGACAUCACUGAGAGCUCCGGCUACCUGAAGGCUAAGCAGUACAUGGAGGAGGAGAACUAUGACAAAAUCAUCAGCGAAUGCACCAAGGAGAUCGAGUCAGGUGGCCGAUAUACUGCAGAGGCCCUGCUGCUGCGUGCUACAUUCUACCUGCUGAUUGGUAACGCUACAGCUGCUCAGCCUGAUUUGGACCGGGUGAUCAACAUGCAGGACGCCAAUGUGAAGCUACGAGCCAAUGCUUUGAUCAAGCGGGGAAGCAUGUACAUGCAGCAGCAGCAGCCUAUGCUCUCUACACAAGAUUUCAACAUGGCAGCUGAGAUUGACACACGCAACCCUGAUGUCUAUCACCACAGGGGUCAGCUGAAAAUCCUGCUGGACCAGGUGGACGAGGCGGUGGGAGACUUUGAUGAGUGCAUCCUGCUCAGGCCUGACUCUGCUCUCGCCCAGGCUCAGAAAUGCUUCGCUCUUUACAGACAAGCAUAUACUGGAAACAACCCGUCACAAGUACAGACAGCCAUGGACGGUUUUGAGGACGUGAUCAGAAGGUUCCCCAAGUGUGCUGAGGGCUACGCUCUUUAUGCCCAGGCUUUGACCGACCAGCAGCAGUUUGGAAAAGCAGACGAGAUGUAUGACAAGUGCAUUGAACUAGAACCAGACAAUGCAACCACAUAUGUCCACAAGGGUUUGUUACAGCUUCAAUGGAAACAAGACCUUGACUUGGGUCUAGAGCUCAUCAGUAAGGCCAUUGAAAUUGACAACAAAUGUGACUUUGCCUAUGAAACUAUGGGAACCAUUGAAGUUCAAAGGGGAAAUCUGGACAGGGCAAUCGAAAUGUUCAACAAGGCAAUUAACCUGGCCAAGUCUGAGAUGGAGAUGGCCCAUUUGUACUCGUUAUGUGAUGCAGCGUACGCCCAGACAGAAGUGGCAAGGAAGUAUGGGCUGAAACCUCCAACACUGUAACGUCUCUGCCAAUCCAUCGCCAAUCUCAAUUUUCAUUGCUGAACCUAACUGUGGUAUAUGCAACUGUA